CUCGAGUUCGUUGGUGGCGCAGAGAUCCGGGCGCAUCAAGAACAUCAUGAGCACUCCCGAGCUGCGGUACUUGCUGCGCGUCUUACAAGAUCGCAACAUACCGCUUGGCGAAAAGGAAAUUGCAUGGGCUUUUGAAGACAACAGAACCAGGGGUAAAGCUGCGUCCUGGGUGAAAGAGUAUCUCGGGUCAUCGACACUGCUCAGUAAAGAUGAGUUACGCUUCUACGAAAAGCAUGGUAUCAGCACUGCCGCGGGAUCUGGGCCUUCCGGCAGGCCAUUGCACGACGAUGAAUUCGAGGCAGCCAUUGAUUCGCUGGAAGCGAGCACAGCUGCCAUUGAACGACAAUGCCAAAUGCUCGAGCAGCAAAAAGUGGCUCUGCAAAAGCUCAAGUCCCAGUCCGGCAACCAUGAUGCCGAAUUUCUUGCUCGAGAGAAGCGCCACCAGAAGCUCGCGCGCGAGAAAGCGCAGCUGGACCUCGAGGUCGAUGAGCUUUCUGUCGGCACCAAAGACCGCCUGCGAACAUCUAUGAAGCAAACAGAUGCAGCUAUCGGAAGCCUGGAUGGAAGCGUAAACCGCCUGCUGGAAAAAGAUGACCGGCUGUUGGACGGACUUCAGAAGCUGCUUCCAAAGCUGGCAGAUACCUCGCUCGACAAGGACGAAGCAGCUGAAGUAGAGCAACUUUGCUCCAAACUGACGGAUUUGUCCGUGCAAAGUAUCCAAGCACGUCUGGACAGCACGUAUCGCCAAAACUUGCUGCAGUAUAGUCGCCGCGGGAGUUUGACUGGCACGCUUACGGAACCACAAAUCAAGCAGCGUGAGACGCUACACGCAGAGCUGGAAGAGCUGAGCAGCGAGAUUGAAGGUCUCGUCACUAUCGUAAUAGAUAGCCAAUAUCGGAAAUCAUUGAAGACGGGAAUGCUUUCCGCUCGAGCGGAAGGCCAGGCACAAAAAGCGAAGCUCGCAGAGUACACUGUCUCAGCACUGGUCUACCUCACCUCCCGACUGGAUGCGAUCAGCGGACACAUACAGCAUCUGCACUCACACGGUGCCGCUCUUCGUUCCGUAUCGAAGACGCUCGAAGAGACGACUGUUUCGGAGCAAGCUAAAUCCGGUGCCUUCAGUCCCACGAGCCCAAUUGGAGGAGAACGACAUACGCCGGCCAAAGGUCUCAAGCCCUUGAGACUCGUUCAGGCCAACAUGUCCGAUGCGCAGGAUCCUGCCAUUCCCUUCCUUCGCGAACAUGAUAUCCGCGUUGCAGACCCCAUUGACAACGCCAAGCUGUUGGGAUCCCUCGACACAACGGUGCGUGAAAAGCAGGAGAAAUUGACCACACUACGCAAGACGACGGAAGAAACGAUCACAGAGGCAGUGGUCCAAUCUGUGGCAAAGAGUGAAUCCAACCUGCACGAUCUGCUCAAUGCAGUCUAUGCACACUCUGAACAUGGGAAGGCACAGCUUAUAGAUAAUCGAAUUCAGGCCGAGCUGGAUAAGCUGGAACAUGAGACCCAAAGGAUCGGCGACGAGAUGCGUGAGCUAGAUGUCGAUGCGAUCGCAAGAGAUGUCAAGAGGAAACAGGAGCAAGCAUUAAGGAAGCUAGAAGGAUGAUUCCGAGCACGCUGUUUGUACGUGUAAAUCUGACCAGUCCCUGAAUGCGAAUGCGGACGCAAAGGACGCCAAUACACCUUACUCACGCCAAGUUUAGAUGUACCGACGUACUCAGACACGAAACCAACGCGUGUCUACGCCGUAAACAGGAACAGGCAACCAGCUCAAGACAAAAUGCAAAGCGUGAAUUGUAUACAAGUUACAAGCUCCGCCGCACCCGCGCCUUUGCUUGAUCUGACCCCUCUUUGUCUUUGAUCUGCAGAAGUCAUUGAAUACAACACCAUCACGACUGACUGGGGGUACCACGAUACUGGUAUAUACAAUGUUGUCACAAAUUUCCAGCAUAAAGGCGAGCAGACGCAGAAGCUAGAGGGGCACAACGAAGGAGUCAAUCCGGUGGCCUUCUGGCUUGAUGGGCAUGUGCCUCUCUUCUCUUGUAUACUUUGACAGGUGUUGAGAAAAUACCGACACCUGAUCAAUUGGACUCCUCAGGAGCACUAUCUCCACUAUCUAAUGCCGGUCGUACCCACCAGUCCCGUUCA